AUGUCAAUCCCAAUAAGCUGGGACUAUUCCCUAGGGGAUGCGACCUCAAUCUUGGUUAUAAUUAUCUGUAUUCUUCCAGCACUGGUGCUGUUCUCGCCCAGCCAGUCCUAUCCCAAAGGGUGUCGCCGACUCGGCCUCCCAGAAGGGACAAGCAAUCUCGACGAUGAAUUCGACCCAAAAUACAACACAGGCGUGCCAAAUGAGUACGAUGUCCAAGGCCGCCCAACCUGGCGCGUCAAAGCACUUUUCACCUACCCGCUUAAAUCAUGCGGCGGCAUCGAGCUUCAAGCCUCCAAUGUCGUGCCCACAGGCCUAGAAUUCGACCGCCAAUUCAUGUUUGCCGAGAACACAGCUGAUGGCUGGAACUGUCGUACUCUACGGAAUGCAGGCUUCCAACGUCUCGCACUGAUCCAUCCCGAGAUCUGGGUUCCAGACCCUUCAUCGCCAGGCUACGACUCAACCAUCCAAGGCGAGAUGAUAAUCUCAUAUCCGCGUCUCGUACCAACAGGGUAUACGGGUGUAAUUUUGAACCUAGCCAUGGCCUUGAAACUUCUCGAUUCACGGCAGAGAUUCAGCGUCCCCCUCGUUCCACCCAGUGACACCAAAUUCCCGCUCCUGCCAGUCCAAAUAUGGAAAGACAAGCCUUUAGCCUGGGACUACGGCUCUCUCCUCCCACCAUCAUUACACACCUAUCUAGGCUUCAAUUCAUCUGAAUCCCCGUUAACCCUUUUUCGCGCAAACCCAAUCCAUUUACGCCAGAUUUAUCGCAACGCACCCCGCGCGCAGGAGAUAGGAUUCCAACCGACCACGGCAUUCGCAGACGCAUAUCCAAUCCAUCUACUCAACCUAAGCAGUCAUCGGGAUGUGGCGAUGAAAUGUGCACACGCAAUUCCAAAGCUAAGUAUCCGGCGAUUUCGCGCGAAUAUAAUUACGCAAGGACCCGGGGCCUUUGAAGAAGAUAGUUGGAAGCGGAUAGAGAUUGGCGGAGUUGAGAUCUACGCUGCGUGUCGGACUGUACGGUGUCGGUUGCCGAAUGUGGAUCCUGAGUCUGGGGAGCGGCAUGGUGUUGAGCCGGAUCGGACGUUGAAGGCUUAUAGACGGAUAGAUGAGGGGGAUAGGACAAAUGCGUGUCUUGGGAUGCAGCUUGUUCCGGCGUUGCAGGGAUGGAGAGUCGUUUGUGGAGAUGAAAUUGCUGUGUUGGAGAGGGGGCAGCAUCGAUAUAUUAAGAUGCUAGCGCCUGGUGAGGUUGUUGAGGGUGUUUGA